UUUUGAUUCCCUGCGAUGGAGUAAAACAUCUCUCGAGCAAACACCCACCAACUUCGCUUCGCGCAUUCGUUUGCACCUCUUACUUAUCAUUUAUCAUUUCUCUUUCUGCCGGACUUCUCGGAUGACAUUCCUUUGGAUGUGAAUUCUCCCUGCUUCACAAUGGCGCCCAAAUUCAAGGACGGCGACGUUGUGCUCUCCUUCUCUGGCAAAUGGGUGUCUUGGGCUCAUACCGUCGCUGCUUAUACUUCUUUCCUGAGUGCCCUCGUCGUUGGAAUCUCGUUACAUUACCACAAGAUCGUCCAGAACGAAUACUAUGGUUACCCUGAAGAAUGGUUUCCCUCUGUGUCAGCAACGAUUGGGGAUCGCUACCCUGAGCGCUCCUUUUUCAUGAUCUUCAUAGCUGUUACUGCAGGUCCGCGAUUCGCUCUUGUGGGUUUGUGGUAUCUCCUCACGGCUCGACCGAACUCUACUCUUCCAAAAUUCGUGGCCUUUAUGGGCGUAUUUCGAACCGUCACAUGUGGUGGCUGGACAUACGUUACCUCGACGGAUGACCACCAAUGGCACGACAUUUUCAUGAUAUCAUAUUUAGUAGCAACCAUACCAUGGACUUUCGGAUGUUUGGCACUGAGCCCAAAUAAUGCUAGAGCAGUCAAGUACCGGAAAUACCUCGCGGGAGCUUUCUUUGGUACCCUAGUGCCUCUGAUUUACUAUUUCAUCCAGCACAAGGUCCAUAGAGUUGCAGGAGCAUACACAAUAUAUGCUUUCUUUGAAUGGUCUUUGAUUUUGUUUGACGUGGCGUUUGAUGCUGUUACGGUCCUUGACUUUGAUACGUUCGAGUUGGUUGUCAAAGACGUCAAGGGCUCGAGUAAGGGCCGUACCCAGCGAGUAGCCGAUGCCGUUCUUGAGAAGGAAAAGGACAAGCCAAUCAACCAGGUCUUCGGACAAGUAUUCUCCUGGGGCGAGGCACUUGAUGCAGCUGCAGAUAUCUACAAUGGAUUCGUUUUCUGGUCAAUGUUGACCUCCUUGGGCCUCUUGGUAUGGUACUUUCCUCUAUGGCACAUGGGAAUCUCGGGCUACGAAGUCAUGGUCAUGACCACGAUCUCGCCCUUUUUGCUCGGAAUCAAACCUGUCCGCUCGUUGGUCCUGAAGAACCUUAGAGCUUGCCAUUUCUUAAGUCUUGCAGGCCUCCUCGCCUAUCUCGUCAAGGACCCAGUUUACCGACUCUUUACUGUUGGCUUCGCUGUCUGGAUGUCCUGCCUUGCUUGGGCUGCUACUUGGUACGCAGAGGGUCUUCAACCAGCACGACUGGAGUCCAAGAUCUCGGCAUGGCUUAUCGGUCUGGUUGCAUCAAGUGUUGUGAAGUUUGCAAACCAUACCAACAAUCCUAUCUGGCCCACAGCACACGCUCAGAACGGAGGCAUGAAUGGCAUCGGCCUGACCUUGGCUAUCUUGGCUGUACUCCGGGCUACUCGCAAAGGUCCCACGGCUGGUAGUGGCCUCCCAAACCAAGGACGAAAGGAGGGAUCGUCAGUUCUCGCUGCACUUGGGAUUGCUGGCCUUUUCUUUGGCCUUCAUUCGCUCCUGUCCGACUCCAGUACAAUGAUCAUCUGGGUUUGGGAUGGAUACCCGGUUAGAGGUCCCAUAGCAGCACCUCAUGGCGCCGUGACCAUCGCUCAUAUGGGAGCUGGCCUAAUCCUGGGUCUCUUCAGGGAAGACCUGGCUCGUAGCUGGACGCUGUACGGCAUUGGUAGCAUUGGUGCUGCGUUACUCACAUUGAAGAGUGGCUGGACGGGCUAUUAUGGUGGUCUAAUUCUGGCUACUUAUCUCGUCGCUGCUUCGGUACCACUGAUCGGAUCGGCAGCACGAAAGAACCCAGCCGUCACCUUCGGUCUUGGCUUCCUGAUCUACAACUUCAUGGUCUUGUUCCAUGUCUGGGUUGUUGCUUACGCUUUCGUGCCUGGUGGACCCUUGGUCCGUGAGCACACGGACUGGGUCAUGACCACCACCAUGCUCCUGAUCGGCUGUGGCGUCUUCACCUCUGUGUCGUCGACUCCUGCCGCGCAGAAGAAGCGAGCCAACGCGUACCUCAACUCGCGCAAACAGCGAUCAUACUACCUCUAUAUCCUCGGCUUCCUCCAACUCAUGUCCGCCUCCAUCGCGUACCUGCGAUUCCCAACCUAUGACUAUGUUCCUUAUCACAAGGACGACAAGAUUCUCACAGCCGGAAUCUGGACCAUCCACUUCUCUCUGGACAACGACAUGUGGUCUUCGGAAUACCGCAUGCGAGACGUGAUCAAGGAGCUGGAGAUCGAUGUCAUUGGACUGCUCGAAUCCGAUCUCCAAAGGAUCAUCAUGGGCAACCGUGACACGACGCAAUUCCUGGCCGAGGAUCUAGGCAUGUACGUGGAUUAUGGACCAGGACCUAACAAACACACGUGGGGAGCGGCGCUGUUGUCUAAAUUCCCCAUCGUCAACUCCACCCACCACCUCCUCCCUUCUCCGGUGGGUGAAUUAGCACCCGCCAUCGAGGCGACGCUUGAUGUCUACGGCGAGCUGGUCGACGUCUUCGUCUUCCACUCGGGACAGGAAGAGGACCCGGAAGACCGACGCUUACAAACCGAAUACCUCUCCAAGCUCAUGGGGGCAUCGCCUCGGCCCUCGAUCCUCCUCUCGUACCUGGUGACCAAGCCGCUGGAAGGGAACUACAACACGUACGUCUCGGAGCUGUCAGGCAUGCACGACAUCGACCCCAGCGACUGGGACCGGUGGUGCGAGUACAUCCUCUACAAGGGCGUGAAGCGCACGGCGUACGCGCGCGUGUCCCGGUCGACGAUCACGGACACGGAGAUCCAGGUGGGCAAGUUCCUGAUCGGGGCGAAGCCGGACGAGGCGGCGGAGGUCAGGGACGCGCGCAUCGACGAGAGCCAGGUGCCCGAGGGCAUGCGCUUCCCGGCGAUGUUCCGGGGCGAGGGCGUCCGGGGCCACCGGUACCACGUGUUUGACGAGCCGCGAUACUAUGCUUGA